GGUCGCUGCCGUCAAAACCCCUCAAACCCUCUCCUCCUUCGUCUCCCUUUCCAAUCCAGCAAUCCCCACAUCCUCCGCCCCUUCCUCUCGUCGCGCAACCUUCCCGAUGCUUCUCUCCCGGCGCUUCUCCUCCGCCCUCGCUCGUUCGCCUUCCUUGCGAGAUGCCCCCUUCCACCCCCGGGCCCCCCCCCCCCCCCCCCCCCCCCCCCGCCGCCUCAUGUCCUCCUCCUCCUCCUCCGGGUGGCACCACUCUUCCCGUCUCCCGCCGCCGCCUCCUCCGCCGCCCCCGUCCUUCUCCGACAAGGAUCAGCUGUUCCGGGGGCUGGAGGCGGCGCUGGGCACCACGUUUAGCUCCGAACCGCUGGCGCCGCCGCCGGAGCCGAUGAUCCUCGUCAUCAGUGGCCCGAGCGGCGUCGGCAAGGAUGCAGUCAUCAAGAGGCUGCAAGAGGAGAGGGAAGAGAUCCAUUUUGUUGUUACGGCGACGAGCAGAGCAAUUCGGCCAGGUGAAGUUGACGGGAAGGACUAUCACUUUGUCACCAAGGAGGCGUUCCUCACCAUGAUUGAAAGGGAGGAGUUGCUUGAGUAUGCGCUUGUUUAUGGGGAAUACAAGGGGAUUCCCAAGCAGCAGAUCCGUGAUUACAUGGCCAAAGGACAUGACAUUGUCUUGAGAGUCGACAUUCAAGGAGCAGCAACUUUGAGAGAGAUACUUGGCGAAUCUGCAAUUUUCAUCUUUCUAGUUGCAGAGAGCGAGGAGGCACUUGUCAAAAGGCUCAUUCACCGUAAAACUGAAACUACAGACAUGCUUCUUGUCAGAAUUGCAACAGCCAGAGAGGAGGUGAGGCGGAUGAAAUAUUUUGACUACGUUGUUGUCAAUGCUGAAGGGAAGCUUGAGGAUGCUGUUAAACAGGUUGAGUCUAUCAUUGAUGCUGAGAAGGCAAAAGUCCAAAAGCGUAAUGUCCAGAUCUAGUUAAAGCUCAUAUGUCCAUACCUGUCACUUUGAUCAGUACAAGUUCGAUCUAGUGCGAUGAAAUUAGGAUUGACAAAUUUGACUGACUUUGCUUGGAACAGUAGCCAGAAAGUUCAGCACAGUGCCAAGUCAUGAGGGCUUUACAUACUGAGAUAUCCUGGAGAGUUAACUUUCGCACAAUGCUGAAGGGCAAUGUACUCGAUCUUUGCUGGGAUGUAUAUUCAAUUAACAUUCUCGUUCAAACAUUCCUGGCUAAAAAUUGCCCUUUUUAAUACUUUUCAGUUUGUAUUUU